UGGAUACGAAAGUGUGUAUUACCAACGGAGCAUCAAAACAAUCAAUAUGGCGCACUGUCUAUUGUUAACUGGCUAGGUGGAUUGUGAGCAAAAAGAAUGCGAUUUACAUACCAUAUACGUAAUAGAUCAAUGUGAUCGCAUGUCAAUGUUUGAGUGGAAAUAUCUAUAGGACUUCUGCAAGGUGCGCUAAUGCAAGUCAGCACAUGCUUACAAAGUGGUCACCGUAAGUCGUGCAUUUGACAGUUCCGCUGUUCUGAACUCGUUCGGUCAUGUUGCUUGUCAGGAGCUUGUUGGCUUCGGUACUUUCAUGUACAACGAUAGGAUAUUGACAAACAACCAUGAUGACAUCAUUAGGAAGUGGAUUUUAAUACAUCAAUGUUGAGAAAAUGGUAAAUUUGUAGCACUCAAUUUCGACAGAUCCAUCUAAGCCGAAGCUUUUAUGUGUAUUGCGUUGGAUUUUACCGUUAAAUUUUGUAGUGUUGUUCGUUCACGGAUUAGCACAUAUGUAGUGAUAGCUAACAAAGGGUACCAAUGCAAUGGCUACAUAUGUCUACGUUUAUCAUUAGCUUAUUAUUUCCGGUGUCCUAAUUUAUGUUUGAAACAUAUAACUUAUUGCGUUUAGGUAGAUGGAAAAGAAUUUCGUUUGCACAUAAACAAAUUUAGGCUUCUUGACAAGAUGAGUACCACAUUGAUAGAACUGCCUCCUACAACCCCAAAACAACAUGGAGGUAAGAAGGGAGCCCCAGGAUUGAUCACACUGUCCGAGAAUCAGGUGAUCCCAGUGGCGAACAUCCCGCUCACACCGCGAGCCCCUCAGCUUAACGGGGCAGCAAAGAGGGGUGCUUCUGGCCCCAUUGUAACGACAAGUGAUGAAGAAAGUGAUGGGUGUAGUAGUCCUCGGUCAAACAUUUCGCACAACUUAUCAUAUCAACCUAAACAUCAGUCAUCCUCGCAAAAUCAGCAUCACCAACCACAACCUCCGCAAUCACAAUCACAACAGCGGGCGUACGAGGCAUAUGAACAUGAUCAUGAUUACGAAAAUGUGGCUUCACCGAGUGGGAGCAGCACCGCUAGUGGACCUGUUUAUGUGCGACCACCAGGCUUCAGACACCACGCACAGGAGAUCAAAAAAACAAAAAAGAAAAAGACAGCUUUACUUGAAUUUAGAUCAUCAGGCCUGAAAAAGCGGGCUCCAACGCCACCAAAAGUCCGCCCAAAGAGAGAAUCCGUGCCCAUGAGGCUCCGUGCACUACCUCAAUCAUUUUGGAAACAGCCGAAUGUGCCAAACCAGGUGUCGCCAGCAAAUGUGUUCCCAUCAUUACCCCCACUCUACUAUAAGGAAUCCAUGGAGGAAAUUACCGAUGUGCGACCUAUAACUCCACCUGAAGAGCGAGAAGCCAGACAGAAAAAGACGCUACAGAGACCUCCGGAGAGAAAGUUGAUCAUCGGCGAUACAGACCUGCUCCUGAAAAACUUGUUCGCUGGUGUGAAUCAAGCUGAUGAAAAGAAAGUGCAACAUAUCAAGAGGGGAAGGCCAAGAAAAGUCACAGUUCCUAAAGCCACCAGCACCAAGACUUUAAUAUCAGGAGACGACCCAUACCUCAUGGAAACAAUGACGGAGAAAUUCUUUCCUCAGCUGACAUUAGAAAGUCGACAAGCACACCUGGCCGGUAACACUUCUCUCCAGCUGGUGACAAUACGAAAUGGUGAUAAAAGUGUGAUGCUCCCCUCACUCAGUAUAAACCAGGACUAUUCACAAAUGCUGUCGGAACUAGCCAUGAAUAUCUAAAAGUUUAUGUCUGGAAUUCAUACAUAAACAGUAGAGGUUGGGGUAUGAGUCCAGCUUCUAUUUGUGGUCAAUCCAAGUCUGAACUCUAAAAUUAACGUAUCUAAGAGUUUGUGAUCCAAACUGGACUCGCCAUGAAAAUCUUUAUCAAUAUGAACUCAAAGUAUGAGUUGAUGAAAUGAGUCAGAACUGGCCACGGAUAUUUGGAGUUAGUGGUCACAGUCAGAACUCACCGGGCCACAAAUAUUUUGGCAUUUGUGGUCAGAGUCAUGAAGUGUGUACCUCAGAUCUUACAAACCAGCUUGCUGCUGACAGCUAGAACAAAAAGUCUUGACACAAAUAAUGUAAACAGCAACUUGGAGGGGAAUUGUAUCUCCACGAUUGAAGAGUUCCAGUACUCAGUACAUAAGUUAGCACUGAUACUUCAUGUCAUAUUGGUUGAAAGUGUUACCAAUCAUACAAUGUAUCAACAAAAACAUAUAGUAAAAGCUAUCUGUGAUUUCCAAGGAAGAAAAUUGGAUUCCAAUUUUAUUUGAUAUGAUGCCCAGUGCCAUUGGACAUCUCACCUGACUUAAAUUUUAAAAUUUAUUUGUUAUUAUUGAUGGUAAUGUUGAAAUGGAGGAAAAGGAGGAAAAGGAACUCAUUCAGUUAAUCAUGUGAUAAGUGUUGACAUGAUAUUCUACCGGUGUUUAUGUUUUUAACCGUUACACCACCUAUAAAGCAAGGCUACCAUAAAAGCAUUCACCAUCACGUUGAAAAAUUAGUAACUACGGCAGUAACACAAUAUAGGGCUGAAUCACGGAGGCAAUAAGUGCACAAACCUGCUAAAAUGUGUUUUUAUCAUCAUUACCAUGGUGACAAGGCACGCUGUUCAAGACACUUGUGACAUCAAUCUCGGAGUUGUCAUAGACUACAGUAUAGAAAUUUAUAAAUGAGUCGGUGGUAGGUAGUGAAAUAGUCAACAUGAAAAAAGACUGAGACUUCGAAGGCACUUGAGAAAAAAGAAAUGUUCUUAUCAAGUGUACAGAAAGCAUCACCUACGAUACCACAUUGUUGUUUCUACUUCAUCAAGAUCAUGAAAGAUGUUACCGUACACCAUAUCGUUUGUGUCUGAUCACAUGCCAUACCUGUACUGUACACCAUAUCGUUUGUGUCUGAUCACAUGGCAGGUUUAAUCACCUGUUAGUCAUCUUGUUUGGAAUCUUUUGUCAACACUCAAACCAUCUGGCUUGAUUUGAUUAUCUUAUGUGUGUAUCAAAAUUCGGACUCAUUAUAGUAAAUAAUUGUUUUAGCAGCAUAAUUGUUGAACCUAAAGUCAUCAUUGUAUCGUCUUUUUAUAAAUCGAAAUUCUAUCAUGUUGUUAAAAUAUUUAGCCAAACCGCUUUUUUAUAAAAAAAAUCAAGUUAAUCCUGACAUCUUUUUUUUUCUCUCUAAAUUAUGACUCUUAAAUCCUUUUGAAGUUGCAGAUGUUUCAUUGAAAAUUUUAUUUUUAUUUUAAAUUGAUGAUGAGUCAGAAUCGAUACUUUGCAAAACCAACAGUGCAAAAAAAUGAAGAAAACCUUUGACGAAGGGCUAAAAAGAUCCAAACAAAGCAAUUAUCAGACCACACAGAUCUAAAUAUAGCAAUGACAUGGUUUGUCUGUAUGGAUUAGGAUACAUUUAGCGAAGCCAUGAUUUCAGUUGUUAAGUUAUUACCGACCAGUAUAAAUUAUCGUUAGAAUUGAAGUGUUAACUGUUAAGAUUGUUGUAUGUUAUUUGUUACUGAGAGCCAUUUGGCCAUGAUGUCUUACUUAAAAAUGUAUUUUUUUUUAAAUUUCAAAUAUUUAUGAGGAAAAUUUCUACAAUCCUUUUCAUUGAAAACUUACUGUUAUUAAACAUAUGUUUUCAAGUAUACGAUAUCCCAGGAAAUAUAAUGAAGUCAUGAUCCGAAACCUAAACAAUCCGUCCAAUUUCUUUACCACCAGAUCUUAUUGUUAAAUGUUUAUGAAGCUAUUGUUGUUGUGAUGUUUUUACAGUUUACCGUCCUAAAGUUAACCCGUCUAUGACCGUUGUUGAGUCUCCAGAUGCAGUAAUUAAUAUUCCAGACAAAUUUUCUACCAUGAAAACCCAUGUACUUAAUAUAUUCUUAAAGCUUCCUGAAAAUAAAACCAUGAUUUAGAUGAAUUACAGAGACACUAAGCUUAAUUGUGCAUUCUACAUAUUUCAGUAAAAAGUAAAAAACAAAUUACCCUGGUACCAAAAUUUCAUUUUCCAAAACACGUCUUUAAAAUCAGUCUCGAGCUCCCAGUCUCUGAAAUUGGUCUCGAGCUCCCAGUCUCUGAAAUCGGUCUCGAGCUCCCAGUCUCUGAAAUCGGUCUCGAGCUCCCAGUCUCUGAAAUCGGUCUCGAGCUCCCAGUCUCUGAAAUCGGUCUCGAGCUCCCAGUCUCUGAAAUCGGUCUCGAGCUCCCAGUCUCUGAAAUCGGUCUCAAGCUCCCAGUCUCUGAAAUCGGUCUCGAACUCCCAGUCUCCUAAAUCAGUCUCCCAGAUUUAUUGUUUACAGUUACCUGGUAUUUGAAUCCCAAUUUCUUUAAGAAGUAUAUUUCCGGAAUUAAAUUCUACAACUGCAUAGUUUUCAUGGGUUGUUACUAAAUUAAAGAUUUAAAAUCGUUUUUAUGAAUCUAAAGUAUAAAUUUUAAUGUAGAAACUAUUUACAUUCCUGCCAGUGCUGUAUGUGUGAUAGAAAAUAUUUUCAUUAAUUUAUUAAUUGUUGAUAAUUUUAUUGUAGAUUAUUUAUGAUACAUACCUUCACAUAUAUUCAGUAGCAUUGCUAAUGGUGCUGUUCACUAAAAGCACCAACAGUAUCAAUCUAAUUAAAACUAGAUCUUCACAUCACCUCUGUUCCCUGAUAUGUUACUUCCACACGACAUAUUUGAUCAGUAAACGGGAGCGAUGUGAAUAUCCAAUUUUAACUAGAUUGCAGAAGAAGAGAACCUCUCUCAUCUUUGUCCUGUAAAUUUUUCCUAUUUUUAUAGUGAUACAUGUAUCUUGAAAACCAAAGUGAUCUUGGGACCAGUCCUCAGUUUUAUGACCUUGGGACCAGGCCUCAGUUUCAUGACCUUGGGACAAGACAUCAGUUUCAUGAUCCUGGUACCAGGUCUCUGUUUCAUGAUUUUGGGACCAGUCCUCAGUUUCAUGAUCUUAGGACCAGGCCUCAGUUUCAUGGUCUUGGGACCAGUCCUCAGUUUCAUGACCUAGGGACCAGGCCUCAGUUUCAUGACCUCGGGACCAGGCCUCAGUUUCAUGAUUUUGUGUCCAGCCCUCAGUUUCAUGACCUUGGGACCAGGCCUCAGGUUCAUGGUUUUGUGACCAGCCCUCAGUUUCAUGAUCUUAGGACCAGGCCUCUGUUUCAUGAUCGUAGGACCAGGCCUCAGUUUCAUGAC